AUGUUCGACGAACUCAUGCUGUGGGCAAAGAUGCCUAUUCCCUGGGAUAUUCCAGAUCCAUCGACCACCAAGCAGCUCCCACUCUCUCAACUCAAGGAGUGUGGUCUCCGCUAUGGCUUCCACGCAGAGCCCCCCUUUGAGGACCACGCGUACGUCGACUGUCCACUCCGCGCCUCUAAGUUCCCCAAGCCCGGAGAGUUCGAUCAACGCCUCCUGGGUUUCCUUGGCCAGCAGUCCAUUAUCACCGACGAGGAAAACGACGACAAGGUGUUUGGGUAUCCAGGUUGUCCUUUCACCGCGACUUAUGGACAAGACGCCAUGCCCCCCGUCUACGAGAUUGUCGCCCAUCUCGAGGGUUGCAACCGCUCUCUGUCACAGCCAUACGUCCAAGAAUUCUUCAUGUUAUGA